CUUCUCGUCUACCAAAUAAAGAAGACUUGUGCAUCUUCUUAGCACUCCAUAUGGAAAAUGCACCAAACUGUCAAGAACCAACAUGUAAAUAUGUUGGUAACAAACAAAAAAACCCAGAUAUCUUAAAAUUUUUCAGAACUGGAAUUGUCAUCUGUGAGGCUAACAAACCGAAAAGGAUUAUCACAAUGGACUGCUCCACUAAGGAGCUUCAUGCUGUGCCAAGAGCAUUAUUAAGAUUUCCAAAUGCACUAGGAGGCUGUGAAGUUUACCUGUCUCGAAUGCCUUGCAUCAGGUGUGCAAAACUUUUGAUUCAAGCUCAAGUUUCUCAAGUGUAUUACUGGCCUAAUCUUGAAAUACAAACAACAGAAGUAAAUCUGAAGAAAAUUGAAAUGGAAGCUGAACAUGUUGAUAACAUCUUUAGGGAAAGCUAUAUCACUUCAGCAGUCUACAUACCAAUAUUAGAUGUUGAAAUAGUGAAGCAAAGGAUUUUUCCACGAACAGGGUCACCUCCAGUUGAUAAGAGCACCACUCCUGUUACCUCUGUAUAUAAUAGUUUAUCAUCAACUAAACUUUUAGAAAUACUUAACCUGACACACAUUAAAAAAGAUAAAUCAUUCCAACAAUCAUAUGAAGAUGAUAUUAAUAAAGCAAUGGAAUCUUUUCAGACACUGGCAGGUGGCAUUGAUACCGAAAUAAAGGAAAAUAAUUUUCAAGAGGAUAAACAUGCCAUUGAAAAACAGCCCAAGUAUACUCAUGCAUUGCAACUCUGUAACUUACUAGCAGCCAGAAAUGACAGUCCUAAUACUGGAGUGGGGACACUGAUCUACAGGAAAGAAGACAUUGUCGCUGUUGGCUACAAUGGAUUUCCAAAAGGGACAGCGAAUAGUCUGUUUGCACAGAAGGAUGAUGGUAGUUGUGACCAGCAUGCAAUCAUCUGUGCAGAAGCUAAUGCAAUUAUUCUAAGAACUGAUGAUGAUCUGAGUGACACUGAAUUAAUCACCACAUGUGAGCCCUGUAGUGUCUGUGAAAACCUAAUUAAAGCAAUGAAGAUAAAGAAAAUCAUUUGGCCUAAUCGAGAUGGAAAAAAGCAACCAGAACAUGCAACUAAAGAUCCAACAGAAGAAGAAAAUAACCCAAGCACUGAACCCUUUCAGAUAAAAAGCAUCAUCAAAAAACAUUGUGAUGAAAAGAUUUUAGCACUCCAAGCUGAUCGAGAGAAAUGUAGUAGAAAAGAUACUGAAGGAACUUCAGUUUCAGGAGAGAAGGAAGGAAAGACAAUGGAAAUACAGUCACCAGCGGAUGAAGGACAUGCUUCUGGUCAGAGUCACAUAAUGCAGAGGGGCCCUCUGUGAAUGCUGCAGAAGAUGAACCAGCAUAAACAUCAGAACAAUCAGAAGAGUUUUAGGGACACGGCAACCCCCUAAAAAAUCUCAGAUAGUUCAGUAUCAGGUUAUUAAUCUUGAGAUGCCAGGCACUAUAUGAUGUUAUAAACUUAAAAUAAUAAUGCAUUUUAAUUGUAUAGGUACCUCUUUCCAUAAGUUUCUAGGCAUCUUAGCAAAAAUAACUGAAAACAUAAUAUAUGACAGUUCCACACAAACAGCCCUAGUAGAGCUCCCAAAUCUGGUUGGGCAUUUCCCAGGGAUCCAGUGAGAUAGGCCCUCUGUGCUCUUUAAGUCUCCUGAACAGAAUCCAGACCUUACCCCUGUGACAGUGAAAGCCAACAGACACACAGACAAACUUUGCACAGCAUUCUAAAACACAAUUACUCUUUACUUGGCAACACAAGAGAUACACAGACAACAUAAUAAGCACACCUCAGUUUCCUAACCGCUCUGGAGAGUUCUUUGGACUUGGGCUUCCUCUGGGCUGUCCAGGAUCCUUCUUCUGCAGCUCAUGGUUUCUUUUUUGAAUCACUGAGUACUUCUAAGUUAGUUAGGUUUCUUUGAACUUGGCUUGCCCUGGACCCUCUACUAAGAAAGCAUGCACUUCUCUUCCUUUCUUCUGCCCAAAGCUUCCUGUGUCUUGAUCUGUGAGUCUUCCCUCAAAUUUUUAUGGCCGCUACCAACAUCUGGUUUCUUUGUUCUCCUGCUGGGUAUUUUCUGAUUCCCCUUCCUGCAGAGAAACUUGGUUGAACUGUUUUCCCUACUUGGGCAAUAUCCUUAGCAGACCCUUUUGUCAGAGAACAAUCAUUAAGGUUCACAACUCCCUGGUUUGGUGGAAUCUACAUCCUCAUAGAGGCAUUUCCUGAUACAAUAAUUUCAUAAUUUUAUAACAUCAAACCGAAUUCAUAAGUUGUACCUAGAGUCCCCAAAUAAUCAGAGUGACACACCAUGCGGAAAUAUUUGGACAUAUGCAGGAAAAUUAUUUUUAUUAUUAUAAGAGUAUCUAGAGGCCCCAGCUGCGAUUGUGGGGCCCCGUUGUGCCAAGUGCUAUGCAAACGCAUACUAUAAGACAAUCCGUCACCAAAGAGUUCACAGCCUGAGGCCCUGGACCUGUGAACACUUGCAAACAUGCGUCAUUUAAAAACCAGAUCAACAGAGUUUGUGAGAAAGUUUCAUUACAUCCAUUUUAACUGAGCCACAUAGAGACUAAGUGACUUUCACUGGAAAUCUGUAAGGCUGUCAGGAAUUGAGCCCACACCAGAGUCUGAACAAUAAGACCAUCCUUCCUGGUGAAAAUAGCUGGAAACUUGUGCUGGCAAUAUCUUCAAAGAAACCUAAGUAUGCUAGAUUCUUAAAGAAACUCCCUCUUCAGGUAGCUUAUAUAUAAACAAUUAUACACUACUAGAAUUUUGAAGUAAUUGCCCCAUACACCUCUACCUCGAUAUAACGCUGUCCUUGGGAGUCAAAAAAUCUUACCGUGUUAUAGGUGAA